AUGGAUUCAAAUCAUUCAGACAAAACAGUGCAGCUGGUUGUUUUAGAGCAACAGCUUUAUCCCGUAGAUGUCAUUAUGAAGACACUAAAUGAUCUGACCAACAUUUUACUUGGCACUGAGGAAAGGUAAUAAAAAAAAUGUUGUCACAUUAACAGUUUUGGGUGUCAUGAUAAUUUGGACCUGCACCAUGUUGGUUACUUGCCUUUCAGCUUUCGUGUUUUUCUACUCAUAAAGCAACUCCUUCCCAAGAUUAACUAGCCUGCUGCACUGAUAUGUCCAGCUGGCCUUGGUGUCUGUCAAUAGCUGGCACCUCCUCCCCAAGAUUAACUAGCAUGCUGGGCUGAUAUGUCCAGCUGGCCUUGGUGUCUGUCAAUAGCUGGCACCUCCUCCCCAAGAUUAACUAGCAUGCUGGGCUGAUAUGUCCAGCUGGCCUUGGUGUCUGUCAAUAGUUGGCACCUCAUCCCCAAGAUUAACUAGCAUGCUGGGCUGAUAUGUCCAUUUGGCCUUCAUGUCUGCCCAUAGCUGGCAACUCCUCCCCAAGAUUAACUAGCAUGCUGGACUGAUAUGUCCAUCUGACCUUGAUGUCUGCCCAUAGCUGGCACCUCCUUCCAAAGAUUAACUAGCCUGAAUAAUCCAUAGUUAAUUUUCCCCUAGGAGCCUUCCAUAAAUGAUGUAAUAAUAAUAAUAAUUAUAAUAAUUAGUGGUCUUUUAUAGCGCGGUACCCCAGCCUAGGGGUUAAAUAAUACUAUUUUGGCAGAUUUUAUGCCACCCCCUCUUGUCACACAGUUUAGACACACUCAUACACUGUCACAAAUUUGUGACCUCCCCCUCUCGAUGGAUGAUGCCAUUUUAUGGAUGUACUCUUAAUCCAAGGGUUAACAAAUAACAUGAAAAUAUUUUUUUAACUUUUACAUUUUUAAUUUCUUCAUUUAUGAAAGUAAAUCCUUAUACACCUAUCGACAUACUAUUUCUUAUGUUUGUGUUCACAAUUUUCAGCAGUUUCAGUUUGAUUCGCUAUGUCAAAGGCCUGUGUAAAGGAAACAGUGCUGAGAACCUCCUGGCUGAAAGAAUCCUUAUCUUAACUCUGGUGACUCUACUGAACAUCCCAAACGGUUAUGUCCAUGAGAGAUUUGAAGUUUGUAUCAGGAAAGAACUAUUCAAGGUAUGAGUUCAUUGUUUCUGUAUUUUAAAUACUAAAUAGUUCUCCUGUUAUGCCUUAAUUACUUCUUUGCAUAAGGUGGCAAGACAAAUUUCCUGAUACAGAGGUCCUACAACGGGAACAUUUUAUCAACAUUUACACGCUCCUACAAAAGGGACAAGCCAGAUGGGCAGGACAUGUUGCAAAAAUGCCAGACCACUAAUGUUUGGUGAACUCUACAGUGGGAAACAAUGGGAAACAGCAGGUGGGCAGAAAAAAACGCUUCAAAGACUGUCUAAAUGCUUCAGUCAAAUCCAUGGACAUUUUCUCAAAUCCAAUGACAUUUACCUUGAUUCAUGGGAAUCACUUGCUAUGGAUCGUAUAAGCUGGCAUGGCAGACUGACUGUUGGAGCACAAUCCUCAGAGAAUAAACACACUGCCAAUGUCCAAAGUAAGCGCAUUGGAAGGAAAAGCAGAAUUGACUCAAAUCCUACAAGGACCCAAAGCAAUGUGUCCCACAUGCAGAAAAGCAUUCUAGACACAAAUAUAACUGGCAGACCUUGGUCAUAUUCGCUUGCAAAGGACAAACAACAAUUACUUGUAAACUUGAUAUUUUAGUUUAAGAUUCAUGUUUAAAAAUCAUAGUUUUUACCAAUAUUUCCUAUUGUUGAUUUCAGAUUUAUUUUAAAUCAGUGCCCCAACGAUUCCUACAAAAUCUCAUUCGUGAGGCCAAUAAAAGUAAAAGUUACACUGACGUAGCCAGAAGCCUGCAGCAGUUCUUUAACAUUCAGAAACACAAUGACCUUAAGUGCUGUAUUUGGCACAACGAUGGCAACAACCCACUGG